AUUAACAUUGCGGAUUACAUUACUGUUCUUUAUUCCUUAUCGGGAUUCCUUUACUUGCCCAUCUGUAAUGCACCUUAUUGAAGAAAAAGAAAUGUGACAAAAGUUAGAGACGGUGCAGGAAUGUCUCUUCAUCAAAGUAGCUUUAAAAUGCUAAAUGCAAAACAGUUUCAAUUUCCCAUUUUCCUUUUUUUGGUUUUUCUGAAGAACCUUGUUGAAGACAAAUUCUCUCCCAAGGUCCUGGUCGGUUAUGGGGAAAAUCAGGGUGGAGGUGUGUCUAAUUUCUGCUCGAGGACUCCGGCGAUCUUCUUCGCUUUGGAAGGUCCAGUGGUUUGCAGUUGGUUGGAUUGAGCCUGACAAUAAAUAUUGCACCAAGAUUGAUGCUUCUGGGAAUGCAAAUCCAGUAUGGAAAACCAAGUUUGCUGCUUUGGUAGAUGACUCAAAUCUCAAAGACAUGGCACUGCAGGUUGAAGUGUACAGUAGAGAGCCCAUUUUCCUCAGGGAAAGGCUUCAGGGGACUGCAACAGUUGUGUUGAAAGAAUUUCUCUCCAAGAAUUCAAGGUCAGGAGCCGAACAAGUAGGGAGCUAUCAGUUGCGCAAAAGAAAUUCCAACAAACCUCAAGGCUUGGUUGACAUCUCAAUUCGUAUUUCAGAUGAAAGUGAAGACGAAGCUCCAUACCAGGGAGGUAUAGGCAAUGAAGGACAGGUGCUCAUGGAUCACAGUACCGGUGUUAUAAGAUUAUCUACUGAAGGUGGAACUCAAACUUCCCUAACAGGGGCAGGGACAGGGGCAGGAGCAGCACCAUUCCACCACCUAGUCAAUGCAAAUCCGAUGUCAUAUCCUCCAAACUUUUGCAACAUAUCACCAGGGGGAGCAAGCUAUCCACCGGCACCAGGUGUUGGACCCAGUUAUCAGCCGCCACCACCACCACCACCACCAAGGACUCCACCCCCACCGCCACCACCGUCUAACGUUGGUUACAUUCCCACUUUCCUCCCAAGAACAGAUUAUUUUGGAGAGACUUACGUGAAUAUGCCAUCAUCUACAGCAGCACCUGGAAGAGGGCCAAGACCUGGUUUUGCAAUGGGAGCUGGAACUGGAGCACUGGCAGCCGGCGCUCUCAUCUUUGGUGAUGAUUUCAUGUCUGGGUUUGACAUUCCUGCAGGCUUACCGGAUGCUAGUCUUACCAUAUCUACUGACCCUCCUUUCUAGUGCUAAGUGCUUACAAUAAAACUACUUUCUAUCGUUGAGAAAAUUCAUUCAAUGAACUGAGUUUGUUACAGAUGUUGCUAAAAUCCAUCACGUUGAACGCUGCUGUUUUACAAUAAAAGCGCCUACCAUAUUUUGGUGGGAUUGGACAUAUCGUUCUUGUAGCAAAAUGGCAUUACACUUGAAUAUCCCA